GGGUGGGGGGUGGGGGGUGGUGCACGAGCCCCUAAGUGCGGAAGCGUUCGGGAGAUAAAUGCUUAAAUUCCUGAGAGAAGCGUAGGACUCAACUUGAGGCUACGAGAGAGAGGUGGGUCAGGAACCAGCGAAGAGGGAGCAGCUCUUCGUAAACAAGGGGAAACGGAGUCAGACGAUCAAAAUAGUUUUGAGAACUGAGCGACGGCCCGACCGCACAAUCCAGGGAACUGCGGAGAGGAAAGCGAGUGGAAGAAGGAGGAGGCAGGAGGUGGAAAAACCCUCCGCAGGAAAGUAUGCGACGAACCAGUGACCCUCCCAGCUGUCUCCGGAGCGCGUGACGUUCCCCGAAGCCUCGCGUCUCCGCCGGACUCCAGACUGGGGGCCGCUGCCGGGAAACGCUCCGCUCUUCGGCUCCGGCUCCGGCUCCUGCGACUGUACAUUUCUGUGGCUUCGCCGUAGUACACAAUAUAGCGCGGCCCCCCCAUGGAGACCGUCACCAUGCUGCCUCUAACUCGGGUGGCCGUAUGCGGUGGGACUCAUGGCAACGAGCUGUCCGGCGUCUACCUGGUACGGGAGCUGCAAAAGAAUGAUGGCGGGAAAGCCGAGGAGCAGGGCGGGGCGGCGGAAACCGUCUCUGUGCUCAAAGUGCUCUCGAACCCGCGUGCCGUGCAGCAGUGCAGGAGGUACAUGGAAAAGGAUCUGAACCGCUGCUUCACCAACGCCCUCCUCAGCACACCCGCUGGAAAGGAAACUCUGUAUGAAAUUGUGAGAGCUCAGGAGCUGAAUGCCCUUCUGGGCCCCAAGGGCAGCCCGGAGGCCGUAGACCUGGUGUGUGACCUCCACAACACCACCAGCAACAUGGGCUUGUGCUUCAUCAGCUACUCGCAGUGCAACUGGAUCGGUCCGCACAUCUUCCGGCAUCUCCAGAGGGAGAUUUCCUCCAUGCCAAUGAGGUACAUCCACUUGGGGGGUCCUUCCUCUGAGGCAUACUCACUGGAGAGUGUGGGGAAGUGUGGCUUUGGCAUGGAGGUGGGGCCUCAACCUCACGGAGUGGUCCGGGCCGACAUCUUCAGCGCCAUGUGGGACGGAGUGCGGCUCAUGCUGGACUGGAUUCGUCGCUUCAAUGCAGGUACUACCUUUGAGGGAGGGGAGGUAGAGGUGUACACCAUGGUGAAGAAAAUGGACUUCCCCCGGGACCCAGAAACAGAAUCCAUCACUGCCACCAUCCAUCCAGAGCUGCAGGACCGAGACUUUCGUCUCCUCUGUCCUGGGGACCCGCUGUUCCUGUCCUUCACCGGGGAGACCCAGCGGUACGAGGGGGAGGAGCCUUUGUACCCACUCUUCGUGAACGAGGCUGCCUACUACGAGAAGGGCAUCGCUCUGUGGCUCGCCCGCAUGACAAAGAUGGCUUUCCCACCCAUACGGGUGAAGGCGGGUGCUGAGUAAUUGCUCAUAAUUUUCACUCGACAUACGUUCUCAAACAUUGCUGAGAAAAACACCAAAUGCAAACAUUCCUUCAGCAAAAUAUCCACCUUUAAUAAAUGUUGUAUUCCAGAUACCAGAACAGCAUAACAAAUAGGUUAUGCAAUGUUAACAGGCUGGUUGAGAACCAAUCAAUAAAAAAAAAGAGAUUACUAAAGCUCAGGAACAAAGGAGGUGGAGUGUAUGGCUCUGAACUGCAGGAGUGAGCUCUGCAUACUCUCAAAAAAUAUAUCAAAGACAAGUUUACGAGCAAGUUGUGAUUUGAUUAAAAACCCUCUCACAUGCA